AGCCAACCUGGCAUCAAAAGCAGGAGAGCGGAGUCCUGAGGUGCCAAGCCGGGCCCCCUUCCUCACAUCCUGGAAUCCGCGUCCCAGUGUGGCUUGCCUCCAAGCUCGCUGGGAUUGGGUGGCUGGGGGCUGUGGCACAACGACACUACUGCGUAGGUAAGGUACGUACCCGGCUAAGCGACGGCAAGCUGGCGACUUCAGCAUCUGAAAUCCAAAUCCAAAUCCAAUGCCAACGCCAGCGCCGCCAUCCGACUAGACGGCAGACUUUAAGGGCCCAUUUGAUGCCUUCUCUCCCGCGCCGCAGCUCUCUCGUGAGCGCCGUUACUCUCCAAAAUCGCUCUCGACGGUCUCAGCCCAGCUGCGUUCCGAACCGAGCCCGCGACAUCGGUUACAAUGUUCGCGACUCUGUUUGCCCGCUCUGCCUGGGAGCUUGCGAAGAGAGCUGAAGAGACUGAUCCUGACGGUGACCCCGACCAGCCCGCCAAGAACGAAAUCAAUUCAUCAUGGGCGCUGUUCAUGGUGAUCAUGCUACUAGUCGUGGCUUUCUUCACCAGUUACACCAUGCAGCAGAGGAAAAUCACUGCCGUCCAUGAGACCGUCAUUUCAAUCUUUGCUGGCAUGACGGUCGGGUUGAUCUUGCGCAUCGCUGGCGUCGAAGCAAUCCGAGAUAUCCUUAGCUUCGACUACCAGAUCUUCUUCAACAUUCUCCUGCCGCCUAUCAUCCUCUCGUCGGGCUACGAGCUUCACCAAGCCAACUUCUUCCGCAACAUUAGCACCAUCUUAACAUUUGCUUUUGCCGGAACCUUCAUCUCAGCCGUCGUGAUCGGUGUGCUGCUGUGGCUUUAUGCUAUACUCCCAGUAGAGCAAAUCACACUGAGUUGGAUCGAUGCCAUCUCGGUCGGCGCAACUCUGUCGGCCACCGAUCCUGUCACCAUCCUCGCCAUCUUCAACUCAUACAAGGUAGACCCCAAGCUCUACACUAUCAUUUUUGGCGAGUCGAUCCUCAACGAUGCCAUUGCUAUCGUCAUAUUCGAGUCGGCUCAAAAUGCCGACAAUGGCGGCAAGAUUGGCGUCUGGAGUCUCUUCAACGGCGUCUGGUUCUUCUUGUCCGAGUUCUUUGGUAGUUUGCUCAUUGGUGCUGCCGUUGGUAUCAUGGUCGCCCUCGGCCUCAAGUAUACCUAUGUCAGGCGAUACCCCAACACCGAGAGCUGUCUCGUUCUGCUCAUCGCGUACGGCACCUACUACUUUUCUCAGGCUGUCAAGAUGUCCGGUAUCGUGUCCCUGCUAUUCUGCGGCAUAACGCUUAAACAUUACGCCUAUUUCAACAUGUCGAGGCGCACGCAACUGACGACUAAAUAUAUGUUGCAAGUCCUCGCACAGCUAACCGAAAAUUUCAUUUUCAUUUACCUUGGCCUGUCUUUAUUCACGGACACCAAACUUGUAUACCGACCGCUGUUCAUCAUCGUUACUGUAAUGGCUGUAUGCGUGGCCAGAUGGAUGGCCGUCUUCCCUCUGUCAUGGGCCAUUAAUUGGUUCAUCCGCUACCGCGCGCGCCGCCAAGGCAAAGAAGCCAGCGACGAACUGCCGUUCAAUUACCAGGCGAUGCUGUUCUGGGCGGGUCUGCGUGGAGCGGUGGGCGUCGCCCUGGCGGCAUCGCUCAAAGGCAAGGAUGACGCUGCCCUCAAGGCUACCGUCCUGGUUGUGGUGGUCCUUACGGUGAUCAUCUUUGGAGGUACCACUGCUCGCAUGCUCGAGAUUCAAGGCAUCCGCACUGGAGUAGUUGAGGAAGUCGACUCAGAUGACGAGUUCGACAUUGAGGCAGUUGGCGGAGGAUUAUUCAAACGCGCUGACACCGGCAUUGGGUAUAACCCUCGCAGCCGCAGCCGUGGAUCGGCUCUACCCCUCGGCGCUAUUAACGGGAGCAGAGCGGGUAGCCGUUCCAGAAACGGCUGGGCAUCGGGCCACCGGUCGCCCAACGUUCCCAGGCCAGGCAGUCGAAGUCGAAAGGACUUGAGGAACGACGCGGACGAGUUGGAGAGAUCUGAGCUUCUCGGAGCUUUGGGCAACAACACGGACUCGGAGAUCGGGAGUGACAUUGACACAUCCGACCUCCCGCCUCCGGCUCCAAGGAGGAGAUCCAGCCCGAUGCCUCCAGGGGCCACGGGCGCGGCCGUAAGUAGUGGCGAGAGCUACGUCGGUGGGAGCCUAGUCCAGCCUGCGGCGGAGGGCGUCCCGCCCCUGACUGCUAGUGCUGCCAUCCGUCAGCUCUUCAGCACCGAGGAUCCGUCAGCUCUGUUCAGGCAACUAGACGAGGAUUAUAUCAAGCCGAAGCUGCUGCUCGAUGGGAGCAAUGGGAGGAAUGGUGGCUCGGGAUCUCACUAAAAGAUCGCAGUUCCCUGUUCUUGUUUUGUCUUUUCGUCGCUGGACCUUUGAUCAAAAAAUUAUACGAGUAAAGGGUUGCAUUGCAAUCCCCUAUUCGGCUGCGGUGCAUAUAGGGAUUUCCGGAGGUUACUCAGACCUGCUUCGGGCAUGAAUGGCGUUUUUAUUUCUCUUUUCACGGCGGACUGGAGAUUUCGGUAAUGAUGCCUGGACGGAAAUGGUCCCGUGCGUUCCCAUUUAGUAUUCAAGCCGGGAGCUCUGUCAAGAUGUGAUGAUAAUUGUACGCUGGAUGUAGAUGGGUGGUAUUUUUUUUCUUGCUAUUGUAUAGCAGCAGUGACCACCAAUGGAGCAAAUUAUAAAUAACGAGAAACGUUGACCAAGCUUAAAGACUUGAUCUUUAUUACGUUAUUGCAUCUUGAUGAGGCUUGCAGUGUACUACUCAACACGGUGUACAAGUCGGCUUCCUCUCUUAGGAGUCGUAAGGCAGGC